GCAAGAGGAGGAGGAGGAUGAGGAGGAGGCGGCGGACGAGGACGGGGAGUCCGUCCCGCUGCUGCUGCCGCCGCCGUCGGGCAGCAAUCCUCCAAAUCGUGGGUCUUCCUUUGGUUUCUCAGUAUUUAAUUUAAUGAAUGCAAUUAUGGGAAGUGGGAUACUUGGCUUAUCCUAUGCUAUGGCCAACACAGGGAUCAUGGGAUUUAGUAUCUUGCUGCUGAUUGUUGCCAGCCUUGCUUCUUACUCUGUAUUUCUUCUGCUCAGUAUGUGCACUCAGACUGCUGUCACUUCUUAUGAAGACCUUGGCCUGUUUGCAUUUGGAUCAGCGGGAAAGGUCCUUGUUGCAACUACGAUAAUUAUUCAGAAUAUUGGAGCUAUGUCAUCUUAUCUUUUAAUUGUUAAGUCUGAACUUCCUGGUGCUGUUGCGGGGUUCUUAAGUGGAGACGAGAGUGGGUCUUGGUACCUUGAUGGGAGACUGCUGCUACUGAUUACUUCAGUCUGCAUUGUUUUUCCUCUUGCACUUCUUCCUAAAAUUGGCUUUCUUGGCUACACAAGUAGUUUAUCAUUUUUCUUUAUGGUGUACUUUGCUCUUGUGAUUAUGAUAAAAAAAUGGUCGAUCCCUUGUCCUCUACCUCUAAGUAGUGCCAUAGAGACUUUACAGGUUUCAAAUUCUACUGGGGAUUGUAAAGCAAAGCUCUUUCAUCUUUCAAAAGAGAGUGCUUAUGCAAUACCAACUAUGGCCUUUUCUUUUCUCUGCCAUACCUCAGUCUUACCCAUCUAUUGUGAGCUCCAAAGUCCAUCCAAAAGUAGAAUGCAGAAUGUGACUGUCACAGGAAUUGGUCUGAGUUUCCUAAUUUACUUUAUGUCUGCUCUGUUUGGGUACCUGACAUUUUAUGACAAAGUGGACUCUGAAUUGCUGCAAGGUUACAGCAGGUACCUGCCACAUGAUACUGUCAUCAUGACUGUUAAAGUAGCCAUACUGUUUGCUGUGCUUUUGACAGUCCCUCUAAUCCAUUUCCCAGCAAGGAAAGCUGUAUUGAUGGUAUUUUUCUCUCAUCUUCCUGUGUCGUGGAUUUGCCAUAUCCUUGUCACUUUAACACUGAAUACAAUUGUUGUUUUGUUUGCAAUGUACGUGCCAGACAUUAAAAAUGUAUUUGGAGUAGUUGGUUCAACGACAUCAACAUGUUUGCUUUUUGUAUAUCCUGGACUAUUUUAUCUUAAACUUAGCAGAGAGGACUUCUUAUCACCACAGAAACUUGGGGCAUGUGCAUUGGUUAUUUUUGGCAUUUGUGUUGGCCUUCUCAGUUUAGUCCUAAUAAUUUUCAACUGGAUUGAUCAAUAACAGCCUAUUGUCACUGUCUGAACUGAGCUUCAGAAGGACAGCAAGAACCAGAGAUGUGUCAGAAGUACUGAAAUGAAUGCUGGACAUCCCAAAGAAACCACUGACCAAAGCUGUCUGUGGAAGAAAUAAUGCUCUUUUUCACUGCAUUAGUGAUGUUCCUUCUUUAAUCCUGCGUGACUCUCCUCAGUUAUUGGACAAUUAGUCUUUGCCAUUCUAAAAUAUUAUUUUUUAAUGAUGUAAUCAUGACAGGUAAAAAGGUCUCUUGAGAAUUUCUGCAAUGCAAAAAUGGUUUAAUGCACAUGGUGAACAAAAGCAGAACCUUGAAAUAACUUCUCUUUCAAAGACAAUGAGAUGGAUAGAUACUACAUCAAUCAUGAUGUGCAUAUUGUGAUGUGUGCAUUUAGGAUAAUGCACACAUUAUCCUAAACCAUGAAAGACUUCUGUUGCUUGAAUAAUUUCCAAAAUUUCAGCCAGUUCAUAUUAAGAACUUCCUGAUUCCAAAUGUUUACCCUAAUUUAUCCUAACAUGGAUCCAGAAACCAACUGCCUUAGCCCAGUUUAAUGGGCACAUCGUGAUAAUAUUUGUUAAUUGUUUUUUUAAAUACAGUUUUUAUACCUCAGUGUACUUGAAUCAUACUUAAGUAAUUUUUAAAUUAGAAGGCUUUGCCCAUCUAGCAUAGUGGCUUUUAGUAGCAUUAGGAAGUAUUUCCAUUUUGCAGUUAAUAAUAGGCAUUUUUCAAUUAAUAUCUGCUUUUGCAUAUUAUUCAAUGUACCUCGGUAUUCCUCCCAGUGAAAGACUUUUUUCUGUUUCUCUCUUAUUCCCAUUUUUACAAGUGUUUCAUAUUUGAAAUACAGUGUUUCUGUAUUUUAUGUACUGUUAUGUGUCGGAGAAGGUUUGGGCUUGAAAGGUGAAAUUCUGCCUCUGUUAAAGACAAAGGAAAUUUUACGUUCAUGGAACCCUAAUUUUACCUCGGAUCUCUAUAAACUUCCAUGUACCCUUUUAUAAUUCUUUUUUUUUUUUUUUCCCCUAAAUGAAAUGUGAAUGCAAUUUUCAACACCAACUGGGCUCUCUUAAAUAUGGUAUUGAGUGCCCACCACAAAAGUUCCUCAUAUUAGUAGAAUGAAAGCAGUGGCUGAUGCCAUGGUAAGGUUUUUAAAAUUUGUUUCUAUCAGAUGGGAUCUGAUGUCUUUAAAAUAGCCUAAUCUCUUCAGAGACUUGAUGCCGUAAGGAAGCUAAGCCUCCACAGAAAUGGCUUGUGUAAAGUUAAGAAAUUAGACCUCAGCCUCAAAUGGCAAGAGAGUGGGAAAGUUGUUCUUCAUUUCCAGAUGCAAUAUUUCUUUUAAUUUAGCUUAGCACUUUUACAUCUGAGAAGUGGUAUAAGACACAAGUGAAUCAUAGCGAAGUAAAACAUUUAUGUAAUAUGAAAGCAGCUAGUAAGUGACAUUUAAAUAAACUUUUCUGUCCAUAAGGUGCACAGUUAGCAAAUUAGUUGACUAUUGCUAGAAAGUCCUGCUGAGACAAUUCUGUUAAUACGCUGACUUGUUUUAUCAGUUGAGAUCGGGGAGAUGCCCCAGAGCCUGGCAUUUCUAACUUCUUAGCAGUGAGUCUGUGCUAUUAACCUUUUUAAUUAUGUCACAUUGGAUUUGGAAAACACUGAUUGGUGUGCCAACUUUAACAUAAUCCUGAUUGAAUGUGCUUGAUCCUCACCUGUUUAAUAGGGAGGAACAGCAAAUAGCAGAGUUGGAAUCACCGUCUCUAUUCCUGAGCUGACAAACUAGGAUUUCUCAUGCCAACAGAUCACUCAGCUCUCUCAGGAUCUAUAAGAUACUUUUCAUUUUUGAUAGAUGUCCUGAAGGCAGCCAGGUGGUGCAGCUUGGUACUGCUUCAGGAAUCCUUUUUGCCUGGGGAAUAUUCUCCUACUUACGAGUUUAAGAGAAAUAGACAUGUGUUGUGAGGCCUGGGAACUAACUCAGAAGUUUUGGUAGGAUCCCAAAGGAAAGGGUUCCUGGAAAAGACUGCAGUUAUUCUUAUAAUAAAGUUUCUAGUAGAGGUUUCACGACACAAGGUGAGCCAUCUAAUAGCUUGUCAGUACCAGAAACAGCAUGUCCACUCUUGGCCAGAAGUUCACAACCACUUCUGUGGCACUGGCAGUGGCUGCUGGUCAGCAUGUUUAACUAGCAGAAAACCAAUGUGACCAUGAGAUGUGACAUGUUAUCUGCCAAAAAAAUGAACUGAUUGAGCUCACUUAGGGGACAAGAAA